GGUCCACCCCCUACCGUGUAGCCUAAUGUUUUUCCACUUGGCAGAAAGCGGUCGGAACACGAAGUUAGUCGAUUAUUCGAUCAUUAGAAAUGUUUUGUGAGACAUUUUAAGUAUUCAGCCUUUAUCUUACUGUAUGAGAUUACUGAGUUUAUUUAGUAAGAGAGAGAAACUUGAGUGGGGGCGGAAAAGAGGGCGGAAAAUGGCCGUUAGCCGCGUCCUUUGAAGUAUUUCCUCUGUGAUCUUUUUCUCUGGAUUAAAGCCACUAAAUGCAGAGCGACGAGCGGCCGCUUAUUGAGCUGAACAGCCUGAUGUUUUCUCCGGGUCAGGAGGAGACCUGUGCACCCACCAAAGAGCCUGUAAAGUACGGGGAGCUGGUUGUUCUCGGGUACAAUGGAUCCCUCCCCAGUGGAGACCGUGGAAGGAGGAGGAGCCGUUUUGCCCUCUACAAGAGAGUCAAAGCCAACGGGGUUAAGCCAAGCACUGUACACAUCCUCAAUAACCCACAAGACAGCAAGGCUGUAAACUGUAAGGGCCAGCACAGUAUCUCCUACACUCUGUCCAGAAACCAGACUGUGGUUGUAGAGUACAGCCAUGACAAAGACACAGACAUGUUCCAGAUUGGUCGAUCGACGGAGAGCCCAAUUGACUUUGUGGUGACUGACACAGUGUCAGGGGGUGUAGACGGCGAGGACUCUCCCAUCACACAGAGCACCAUUUCGCGCUUUGCCUGUCGGGUGGUGUGUGAACGCAACCCUCCGUACACGGCACGCAUCUAUGCUGCAGGCUUCGACUCUUCCAAGAACAUCUUCCUAGGGGAGAAAGCAGCCAAAUGGAAGAAUCCAGAUGGCCAGAUGGAUGGACUGACAACCAAUGGCGUGCUGGUGAUGCAUCCGCGUGGUGGUUUCACAGAAGAGUCCAAGCCUGGUGUGUGGCGAGAGAUAUCUGUGUGUGGAGAUGUAUAUACACUGAGAGAGACUCGCUCCGCACAGACACGAGGCAAAUUGGUGGAUAGUGAGAGUAACGUGCUGCUGGAUGGCUCUCUGGUGGACCUGUGUGGUGCCACUCUACUGUGGCGCACCGCCGAAGGUCUCUUUCACGCACCCACCCAGAAGCACCUGGAGGCACUCCGCCAGGAGCUGAAUGCGACGCGGCCCCAGUGCCCUGUGGGCCUCAACACCUUGGCAUUUCCCAGCAUGCAUCGAUCCAGCCGGGCACUACCCAGUCUAGCCCAUCAGCAGGAUAAGCAGCCGUGGGUGUACUUGGCAUGUGGGCAUGUGCAUGGUUACCAUGAGUGGGGCCACAGCUCAGAGCGUGAACCUAACGGCAAACGUGAGUGCCCCAUGUGCAGGACUGUGGGGCCCUAUGUGCCACUGUGGCUAGGCUGUGAACCAGCCUUUUAUGUGGACUCCGGAGCACCUACGCAUGCCUUUAUUCCUUGUGGUCAUGUCUGCUCAGAGAAGUCAACCCGCUACUGGUCUGAAAUUCCCUUACCACAUGGUACCCAUGCUUUCCAUGCUGCAUGCCCAUUCUGUGCCACACAGCUCAGUGUCACACAGGGAUGUGCUAAGCUUAUCUUCCAGGGCCCUGUAGACUGAGUGUGUAGGACACAAUUGGGCACAUAAGGAUUGGUUGGACUGCGAUGGAACAGGAAUAAGAACUCAAAAAAGAGAGAGAAAAACACUGCAAAGAACUGUUGCACCCCACAAACCAUGAAGCCAUGUUUAUGUACUACUUCCAGUGGAAUCUUUAUUCUCCAUCACUGUAAUAUCAGUUAACUUGGAGAGUGGCAAAGACUGUUGGCCAUAGCAAUGAAGCAGUCUUAUUUAUCAUAUGCUGUCGGAUGAGUUGGUCCACAGGUAUUGUAUCCCAUCAGCACUGUGAGAACACUUUCAGAUGCUCUUUAGAGCAUUUCCUUGAAACACUGUUUUUUAACUACAUAAUGGACAAAGCUGCAGGUGAGUGUAGAAGACACCAUGUUGUAAUAUAUUUAAGUCUUCUGCUUUUUUGGUGAUUGUUUUUCCACUAAUCCAUAGUUUAAUACAGUAUUACAAUUAACAGAAUUAAAAUAUUGACAACAAUAUUUGCUUUGGACUGAAAGUACCAAAAUUUAGUUUUCCAAAGAUAAAAUGGCUGCUAAAACUGGACUAUUGAAAUCAGCUCUUGCCAGAUCAAGGACAAAAAUAGAACACUCCCAGUCACUGCUUGAUCACGAACACAGUUCUGCAUUAUUAAAUUAGGUCUAAGGGACUUGUAGUUUCUAGUCAAUGGUUUGUUUUUUUUCCUUUUUCUUUUUCGGGCAAUUACUGCCUCUGACCAGUAAGGUUGUCUCUGAUGUAGUGUUUCCAACCCAGGAAUUUUAUUGUACUGUGACUCAUGAACCGUUUUUGUUGCUAUUGAAGGACGAGUAUGCAGGCAGGGUUGAUCAGGAACAUCUACGUCCCUGUAAGUUACAUACAUAUUCUAGAAGUUGCUUUAAACCAAAACCUUCAUACUUGGUGACUUUGGAAAUUUGACAGCUGUGAAACGAACAGGCUGCUGGCUAUUAAUGAGCCAGUUUCCCAUUUCUUAUUGAUUCCUAUUUUCUCACCAGUGAAAAUGCAGUAACUAAUAGGAUGUGAACAUGUUUUAUAAGGUUGUUUUAAAGUGAAAGAAACUUGUCUUCUAUUUUCUUAACCUUUGUACAGAGAAAGAUUUUUGUUCUGGUAAACUGGGGGGAGGGAGGGGGUUGAUGGUGGUUUAAAUGAAUUUUAAUCAGAUAUGGGGUAAUUGCAUUUUAAAAACAACAUAAAAGAUUUAAUUCAAAGCAGUCCUGUGUUUGUUUUUCUUUUUUUACUACAGAUUUUAUUAUAGCAUUUUACUUCUAGAAAAGAUUGUUUAUCUUGUUAACCUGAUACUGUAGGGGGAAAAAAAGCUAUUGGUGGCAUAAAAACAUCAUCUGGCUAAAGUUUAAGACAGUGGUGAGCAAGGGACUACACAGUGUUAUUGAAAACAGACAGCAGAGCUAAAAAGCUACUCACUGCCCAGGUGAUUAUGAAUGAGAUUUCUUCCCAAGUGUUCAUCUGGUCCUUCUUGAUGAAUACAUUUUAUUGCCACAGUAUGGCGCUGCUGCCACAGCAAUCGGAUAAUAUUUUUAAAAAAAGGCUCCUAAAUGAUUUGGGAGAGAAAUAUCAGUGAGUGGGCCAGAUCAAACAAUAAAAGUACAAGUAACAAUAAUGUACUAGUAUGGUGCUGGUUGAGAAAAAUGUUUCCUGUGGUAAUCAGAUCUGGUGACUGUGCAGUCCAUGGGAGAUGUUCAAGUUCACUUUCAUGUUCAUCAAACCACGUUCAGGGUAUAAUAUCUGAACCAUUAGGUGCACGUUGUCCUCCAGAAUGGUUUGGUAGUCCUUGUCCACCUAGCAGAAAUAGUGGCCUUAGUAAAUGACAGAUAUUUGAGUCUAAAUCAUCACUGAUCCACCCAUGUGCUUCACUCUGAGCACUGAACAGUCUGGGUGGUAAGUUUGCUUGGGGCUUCUCUAUGCUGUUAAUCUCCAGGUGUGGGAAAGACAUUGAAGGUUGACUCCUUGGAGAACAGCAACAAGUUUCACAUUGUCCCCAGCCCAAGAUUUCCACUGCUAGCACCACUGAAACUUCUCAACGCACAGUUUUGGAAGAAUCGGGAGAGUCGGGAUAUGCAUUUAAUUCAGCAGGGAGUAGGGCACUUUUUUUAUAUUAUUAUUAUUAUUUUUUUAUGUACUCUGGGUAGCACUGGCACAUCCCUGUUACAUGUGGUUAGUCCUAUGUGGUGGCAUAGCAACAUUACUCUGGAUAACGUGGCUCUGGUUACAUGACAAAGACUUGCUGCUCCGGUCACAGAUGCACCCGUGAGAUGCACAGCAACAAUUUGUCCUCUUUUAUAUUCUGAUAUAUCUCCCAUUAUGUUAUGUGGAUUGCAAUAUUUUUUGUACAACUUUACUUCUGCUCUGCUAAUUAAAACCUCACAAACUGCUCAUAGUUUUAGAAUAUGUAAUCAGUGAAUGUAUACAGUAUACAUGUAUAGCCUUGAAACCUCCAACAAUAUAUUGGUCGGUGUUUUUCAUUGUCCAACCCCUGUGUAAGCCAGGGUAGGUGCAUUUACAUUAUUUACAGCUGAUGAAACUGAUUUUUCCUCACAUUUUUAUUUAAUAUUUGGCUUAAUAUUAAGAGCUCUAUAGCAUUCUGACUGUUUCUCUCUCAUCAUCUCAUCUGUGGAAAGGCAGAAGUGAAGACAAUGUCUUGUAUUCAAUCCCUCUUGGCUGUCUCUGCAUGAUGCCUGCCAGCUCAAGAAAUGUGCUUUGAUGCUGCCAUCCUCCCGUUCAACCACAUCCCAAAGAUGUUCUGUUGGAUUCAGAUACGGUGACUGGGAAGGCUGCUGAAGAACACAACUCAUUGUCAUGGUUAAAGAACCAGUUUGUAAUGACUUUUGCUUUGUUGCGUGGUGCAUUAUCAUGCUAGGAGUAGCCAUUAAAAUGUGUCAGUUGCGGCAAUAAAGGGAUGCUCAUUGUCCCCAACAAUAGCCACAAAUAGCCUGUGGCAAGCAGUGAUUAGUAUUAAAACAGACCCAAAGUGUACAGCCUUGAUGGUUGACAAAAGACAGGUUGGGUCCAUGGAUUCAUGCACAGUGUCAAAUUCUGACUCUACCAUCUGUGAGCCUCAACAGAAAUUGAGACCAGACUAGACUAAUUCAUCAGACCAGACUGUUUUUCCAGUUGUCAAAUGUGCAGGUUUUUUUUUUAGUCUAAUUUCGCUGUAGCCCCAGCUUUACAGAUGUUCCUUUUAUAAUAUAUUUUUUUUUUGUGUUAAAAAAGGGUACAUUUGUGUAUGUUUAUUAAAGGGUGGUCAACAUACGUAAAUCACAGCUGAUUAUAUGUGUCAAAACAUAUUGUGCAAUAUUGCACAGUUGAUAUGGUGAGAACCAGAAUUACCUAAUUGGUAUAAUUUUUUUUUUGUAUUUAAUUUCAGUUUGAAAUCUAGUUUAGAUAGCUAAAAAAAGAGAUUGUCUUUGCAUUUUUAGGAUCAUUCUUUUCUGUUCUUUUAAUUACUAUAUUUAUUCACAUUCUUUACUAUAUUUGUACAGAAAUAUAAAAUGUAGAAAUUCUGGAUCAUGAUACGGCAGUGCUACUGAAACCAAUAAAAAAAGGAACAGUC